AUGUCUCCAUACCUCCACGAGUCAUCCAGCUCCCUAUCUGGAGAGCCAGAGCCUUCAUCAGUUAGGUCUGUUGCUGAAUAUGGCUCCACCAUUGAGGACUCUGAAUACCCGGCUCUGCAAUUCCCAGGCUAUGCAGAGAAACCACUUUCAGAGCAACUCGAACCCAUAGCCGUUGUAGGAAUGGGCUGCCGUCUACCUGGUGAUGUCAGUUCUCCUUCUCAAUUCUGGGAUCUCAUGAUCAACAAAGGCACUGGUCAAACUCCCAAAGUCCCAUCUGAUAGAUUUAAUAUUGACGCCCACUUUCAUGAAAAUAACGAGAGGCCUGGCAGCUUUAAUGUAUUGGGCGGAUACUUUCUCAAAAGUGACAUUCGGGAGUUUGACCCUCAACUAUUCGGCAUUGCUCCCGUCGAAGCAACGUGGAUGGAUCCCCAGCAACGAAAGUUACUUGAGGUCGUCUACGAAGCAUUCGAGUCUGGCGGUGUAACUCUGGAGAAAAUAUCCGGCUCAAAAACCGCUGUGUUUGCGGGAAGCUUCACGAGCGACUACCAGCAAAUGUCAUUCAAGGAACCAGAUUUUCGACACAGCUAUGCUGCCACAGGAGUUGACCCUGGCAUCAUUAGCAACAGGAUCAGCCAUGUUUUCAAUCUUCAUGGCCCUAGUAUUGUGGUUAACACCGCAUGUUCCUCAUCUGUUUAUGCCAUGCACAAUGCUUGCAACGCUCUACGCAAUCAUGAAUGCACCGCAGCCGUGGUUGGAGGAACGAACCUCAUUAUCACUGUGGAUCAACACAUGAACACUGCCAAACUGGGUGUGCUGUCUCCUACAUCCACAUGCCACACCUUUGACGCAUCUGCCGAUGGCUACGGCCGUGCUGAUGGUGUGGGCGCUGUUUAUUUGAAGAGGCUAUCCGAUGCUGUGCGAGAUGGCGAUCCAAUCCGUGCUGUUAUCCGUACUAGUGCUGUUAACUCAAACGGAAAAGCUCCAGCGGUUGGCAUCACACAUCCUAACCUUGAGGGUCAAGUCGACGUGAUCCAGCAUGCUUAUCACCGUGGAGGAGACCUGGACCCAAGGCUUACAGGUUAUUUUGAGAUCCAUGGAACGGGAACUCCUAUCGGGGACCCGUUGGAGGUGCAUGCCGUUGCAAAGGCUAUGAACGGCCAGAGGAAUUGUGAUGAAGAGCCUCUCUUGAUCGGCGCAGUGAAAACAAAUAUUGGUCACAGUGAAGCAGCAAGUGGUCUGUCCGCCGUCAUCAAAGCAGUCCUUACAGUCGAGAACGGCAUCAUUCCCCCAACACGGGGCCUAGUCAAUCUUAAUCCGAAGAUUGAUUGGGAGAACUGGAAGGUGCAGGUUGUUACAGAACUGCGUCCAUUUCCGAUCCACUUGCCAGUCAAACGUGUCAGUGUCAACUCAUUCGGCUAUGGUGGCACCAACGGCCACAUCAUGAUUGAAGGCAUUGACUCCUUCAUCCCUGACUACAAACUUGCUCACAAAUCAACGACCAAGCCUCGCGGUAUACACAAUAGAAACCGCCCGUUUCUCCUUCCAUUCUCCGCUCACGACAAACCAACUCUGAAUCGCAACAUUGCUGCAUAUGGUAAAAUUGCUGGGAACUAUAAUUUGCGAGAUUUAAGCUAUACGUUGGCCAAUCGACGUUCGCGCCUCCAAAGCAGGGGUUUUGUUGUGUCCACAUAUGCAUCUCUCGAGUCCGCUUUUGGUGAGAAUCUGGCAGCGUUCUCUUUUGCAGAGAAAAAGAAGAAGCCCUUAAUCGGGUUUGCAUUUUCCGGUCAGGGUGCCCAGUGGGCAACAAUGGGAAGUCAGUUGAUGACUUACUACCCUAGCUUCUUGAAAACAAUUCGGGAACUGGAUCAUGUCCUAGGAUUACUACCUGAUGCGCCCGGCUGGACACUUGAAGACACAUUGAUUGAAGAUGCAAAGACAUCGCGGAUUAAUGAAGCCGAGUUCUCACAACCUCUCUGCACGGCCAUCCAAGUAGCGGUAGUGAAGUUGCUCGAAUCCUGGGACAUCCGACCACAGGUUACUGUCGGACAUUCCUCUGGGGAGAUUGCUGCAGCAUAUGCAGCGGGAUUUAUCUCCUCGAGCGAGGCUAUUAUUGUGGCAUAUUACCGUGGUCAGGUUGUGGCCCAAUUGAACACUGAUGGAGCUAUGUUGGCCGUCGGUCUCUCAGCCAAGGACGUCGAGCCGUUCAUUCGAGAGUAUAAGGGUAAGGUUGUUAUUGCUUGCCACAACUCGCCGGUCAGCGUGACACUAAGUGGCGAUGCGGAUGCCAUCAAUGAGGUCAGGGUGGCUUUGGAUACGGAAAGUAUCUUUGCCAGGAUUGUCAAAACCGGUGGCAAAGCAUAUCACUCGCACCACAUGGCUUCCUCUGCUGAAAAAUACGAGGCGCUGGUUCGACAUGCAAGGAAAACAGUGUCCUUCGGCGUACCACUGUCAACUGACGCAGUCAUGGUAUCCUCUGUUAUCAACUCUAAGAUUGAGCCUGGAGAAGUCAUUGGAGAAAAGUACUGGAGUCUGAACUUGACUAGCCCCGUUCUUUUCAACCAGGCCGUACAGACCAUUGCAGCAAGUAGUGAGAUUAAUAUCGAUACAUUGAUUGAAAUUAGGCCUCAUACAACCUUAUCCGGACCCAUCAAACAAAUUUCCAAGGAGUUAGGAAAUGAUGGGUUUGGAUACCUUCCAACGCUAGUCCGAAGUGAGGAUUCAGCUUCGCAGAUUCUUAAACUGGCUGGUGAGCUAUUCCUUCGAAACUAUCCGCUUGACAUGGAACGAGCAACUGCUGCGGAGGAAAUAUCUGCCGGGAAGGUGAAGUUGGUCAAGGGAUCAGUUCUUGUUGACCUCCCAACUUAUCAGUGGACUUAUUCCAAGAGUCUAUGGGCCGAGCCACGUCAGAGUUUAGAACAUCGUGCUCCUAAACACAUGCGCCAUGAUGUACUAGGAUCCCGAGUACCUGGAGGAUCUGCAUCGGAACCUAUGUGGAGAAAUGUUCUUCGCAUUAGAGACGUUCCUUGGCUGAAAGACCAUUCUCUAGGUGGUGAAGCCGUGUUCCCGGCAGCAGGGUAUUUCUCUAUGGCGAUAGAAGCAAUUACUCAGCUCAACGAAUCAAGUACCAACGCUGUGAAUAUUGAGGGGUUCAUGUUGAGAGACGUAUCUAUCAAAUCUGCCCUGGUCACUCCGGAUGAUGAUAAGGGGAUUGAGGUGCUGUUUUCCAUGCGCCCAUCAUUGUUUUCUGCAGGUGACUCGAAUGCCUGGUGGGAUUUCAAUGUCUCGUCUGUUUCGGAAACUGGUCUCUGGAAUGACCAUAUGGCAGGAACCAUCAGCAUCAACACUCGUGCUCGAGGGCAAACUCCCAGACAAGCCCCCAAUCUUCCGCAACGUGCCAUGGGGAAAACCUGGAAUGAAGGACUUAGAGAAGUUGGUUUUGACUAUGGUCCAACAUUCCAAGAUAUGGAGGACAUUAGGUCCGACGGCAAGACAUUCACCGCUGCAUCCAAGACCAUUAUCAAGCAAGCGUGUGGCGCCGUUACGGGAGAGUCUCGCUACGUUUUACAUCCUAGUACUGUCGACUCGUGUCUUCAACUGAUCAUUGUUUCAAUCUAUGCUGGAAAGCUCAAUGAUAUGACCUGUGGUGCUGUGCCUGUUCAAGUAGACGAAGUAGCCAUCUGGCCACCGACAGCGGAGCAACUCAAGAACCAUGCCGCAUCGGCAUAUUCAUAUACUGAUCAACGCGGUAUUCGCUCUUUCGUCAGUGGCUCCCAGUUAAUUGCCAGCGACGGUGAAAUGCUAAUGGAUAUAACCAACAUGCGAUGUGUUGCAUAUGAGGCUGCGGUUCCUCAGCGGGUCGAAGAAGCACUCGAAUCACAACCUUUCCAGGAACUGGUUUGGAAAUAUGACAUCGACAGCAUUACCUCCGAUGAGCAAUUACGCGAUAUGGACAUCACCUCGAUAAUGGAGCUCAUCGCCCACAAAAACCCGAGUGCUAAGUUUUUGGAAAUCGGAUCGAAGAACUCGUCAAGCAUCUCAGCCAAGUGCCCAUGCGUCAGCUAUUCAAUUGCUGAGCGUUCCGAGGAAGCUCUCGAACAGGCCAGAGCUGAGGUAGAGGGCAUUAAGAAUUCCGGCUUCCUCGUGCUGGAUAUUACUGCUCCUCUCAACGAUGAUAACAAUACCGAUACUUUUGAUUUGAUCAUAGCUACCAAUCAGUCUACUAUCAACGAUGAUGUCCUCAGAAAUAUCCGACGUUUGCUAGCUGAUGGUGGUCGCGUUAUCCUUCCGAAGAGUAGCAUUGUUUCUUAUGAGACUCUUCUUCGUGCCGGAUUUAACGGCAUUGACGUCUUCCUAGAGGAGAGCGCGACAAAAGAAGUUUCAUUGAUUAGAUCAGUUGAGUUCAGUAAUGGCGUGCAUGUCACUGCUUCAAGUCCUCAAGUGAAACUGAUCUAUCGCAACAAGGCGCCUGCUGUUAUUCCACAUUUAUUGCAAGCCCUAGAAAAUGCAGGAUAUGCCAGCAAGGAGAGUUCGCUGGUCUCUUGCGAUGUCGCUGAUGGUGACCAUGUCGUGGUUAUCGGAGAUUUGGAAGGAUCGUCGCUGCUGGCAACAAUUGAACAGGAAGAGUUCGAAGCUCUCAAAGUACUCACGAACAAGGCGUCAUCAAUCCUAUGGGUUACUGCAGGGGGCCUUCUCGAGGGAAAGCUGCCGGAAUAUGGCAUGGCGAAUGGGCUUGGAAGGUCCCUCACCUCCGAGCAGUCUUCACUGGACUUUACCACGUUGGACUUCGAUCUUGAAACUACUUCAGUCUCGCAAAUUGCUACCGGUAUCGUCACAGCUAUGCAACGCCAAAUAAAGCAUGUUGAGUCUCGAGAGUCGGAGUACUAUGUUUCUAAGGGAUACACUUAUAUUAGCCGUCUUCUGGCCAACACAACUCUUCCAGGAGCCUCCAAGGGAGUUCAAAAGUACAACACUCUCUAUGACGGCCAGCAGUUGGUUGGCUCAGUACAAUCUGGAAAAGUGGUAUUCUCUGAGGAUGAGCACAAAGGAAAGCCGCUGGAGGGUGAUGCUGUGGAAGUCAAAGUAGCAUAUGGCGGACUCAACAAAGAGGAUGCGCUUGUCAUAACCGGAAAUGAUUACCCCAUGGCGUUUAGCCACGAGAUUUGCGGUAUGGUCUCUCGUGUAGGCCCUGAGGUGACAGAAUUCAAGGAGGGAGACCAGGUUGUUGGAUUCAGCUUUGAUAGAUUCUCGACGUUCCAGCGAACAUCUGCCGAUCUUCUUCAGAAAGUGAACGAGGGCGAGGCCAUUGCAAAGCUGGUAUCUCUGCCCUGGACAUUCUCUACCGCUCUUUACGGCUUGAGGGACCUGGCUAGAUUGGAAGCAAACGAAAGGGUCCUAAUACUAAGUGGUACUGGGACUGUCGGUACUGCUGCUAUCCAAGUGGCCCAUCUCCUCGGCGCUAUACCGUUUGUCGUGAGCGAAACACUCUCAGAAAAGAAGGAACUCGCUGCCAUUCUUGGUCUUCCAGAAAUGCAGGUUCUUACCAGGACUGAAAUCACUACCCAUGGUUCAAUUCAGUCUUCUAUCAAAGGCUCGGACUUCGAGGUUAUCUUUAGCAGCGGUUAUACCGAUUUGUCAGAAGCUCGCGAGGCCUGGCGUCAUAUUGCUCCUCUAGGUAGAUUUGUCGACUUUGGAAGGAAGAACGUACUCAGGCGCAGUGCUCUUGAUACCGUUCCAAUUUAUCAAGGAGCUUCUUACAUCUCCUUUGACAUGUUGGAUCUAUACGCAUACAAGCCUCAGAAACUGUCGAACUUGCUGAAAUCCACCCUAUCGCUGUAUCGUCAAGGGCUGCUGUCAUCCACCUUGCCCCCGAAUAUCUACAGUCUUGAUCAAUUAGAUUUGGCCGUGUCAUCUUUCUCGGAUAGCUUUAAAGCGGGAAAGUCCUUGAUUUCUUAUGCCCCGUCAGGAGGAUCUCUCACUAUCGUUCCAAACCAACUGAGCAUGAAAUUUCGAUCAGAUGCAACUUAUCUUCUUGUUGGCUGUUUAGGUGGUCUGGGUAGAAGCCUAACUACGUGGAUGACGGAGAAUGGGGCCCAACGAUUAGUUUUCCUGUCUAGGUCUGGUGCAGAUCAAGAACAGGCAGGAAUCCUAAUCCAAGACCUCGAACGUGCUGGGAUUAUCUGCCAGGUGGUUAGGGGUGAUGUGACAAAUAGCUCAGACGUUCAAAAGGCAGUCGAGAGUGUUCCAGCUGAACAUCCCAUCCGCGGUGUUGUACAGGCAGCGAUGGUACUAAGGGAUGGACUAUUCCAUUCUAUGACAUACGACAACUGGAAGACAGCGACUUAUCCCAAGGUCCAAGGAACCCUGAACCUUCAUAAUGCUCUGGCAGAUACUUCGCUGGACUUUUUUAUUAUGACUAGUUCUACCUCCGGAACCCUUGGCACGCCAGGUCAGGCAAAUUACUCGGCAGCUAACAGCUUCCUUGACUCACUUGCUAGGCAUCGUGUGGUUAACCAACAACGAGCCUGCUCUGUCGUCCUCCCCAUGAUUCUCGGUGUAGGCUAUGUGGCCGAGCACCCGGAAGUCGAAGAGGCUCUGAGGCGUAAGGGUAUCUACGGUAUCGAUGAGACUCACCUGCUAGAAUCCCUCGCUGUCUCAAUGUUGACCCAGGACAGCCCGAAGCCGGCUGACCAUGUUAUCGUUGGGCUUGAUCCCGUCAGGCUGCAAAAGUCAAUCCAUAGUUCAGAGACUACUGAUGGGUUCUGGUUGGAGGACACCCGUUUCAAAUCUCUUCUCGCCUCCAUGAAGUCUUCGACUACCAAUGGCACCGCCGAAAGCGGGCGCACUAUACUGAGCACAAUCAAGACAGCCGGUAGUUCGACUGAAGCGGUGCAAGUCACGAGUGAGAUCAUGGUAGAGAAGUUGGCAAGGUUGUUACUUGUUGACCUUUCUGAAUUUGAGCCAGACGUCAAAUCGAUUGCAUCGUAUGGUCUUGAUAGUAUGAUUGGCGCCGAGCUUCGCAACUGGAUUUUCAAGGAGUUGGCCUUGGACAUUCCCUUCCAGCGGCUGUUAAGUGCAGACCUCACAAUUACCAAGUUUGCAAUUGAGGUUUGUACGAGCCAAGGAUUUGUCUUUGAGUCACAGGCCUAG